AAGAUGAAGCGCACGGCGCCGCGCAGCACUUUGCGGAAAAUCAUAAAGAAGCACAAGCCGCAGUUACGCCUGGCGGCUAACGCCGACCUGCUGGUGCAUUUGAACUUCUUGCUGUUUCUCCAUCGGCUAGCAGAAGAAGCCAGGACAAAUGCUUUUGACAACAAAAGUAAAAUAAUUAAACCUGAGCACACCAUAGCUGCAGCAAAGGUUAUUUUAAAGAAAAGCAGAGGCUAGAGAACAGACCAUUGGAAGUUCAAAACAUGUUUUUCUGCGUUUUCUUACUAACGUGAGAUCCUGUGAGCCAGCUUUUGCACUUGUGGAAGUACUUAGUUUUAUUUAUGUCUGUCUCCUGACUCUGACUAUCUUGCUGUUUCUGUAAAAAAAAUAAAUUUAAGAAUCUUACAAUGUAUAUUUUCAUACACUUCAUGCAUAAUUUUAAAAUGUGUGUCACUUACCAUUUAAGACUUCUGAUGUACCUUAUUUCUUUCAUAAUAAUGGAGGAAUGCCUAUACCAUAGUCACUCUUCAGGUACAAUGUGUCAUUUAUUAUUAGAAGUGUGAAACUUUUAAAGGAGAACAGUAAUAAAAAUGCAGGUUUCAAUAAAUCCAUUAUAGAUUAUGCAAUUCAAAGCAGAUUUACUAGCUAAACAAAAUCUGGGCUUUCAAAACAAUCACUGUAGAAACUAGUGUAUUAAAUAUCUUGGCUUCAAUUUAUUUAUAAAUGUCUUAAUAUUUUUUAAAUGACUUUGAAAAGUAGGCUGAAACUUCUGUGUUCUGGGGAAAGAAUACAUAUUUUGUAUUUCUAAAUCAUGCUCUGAAAUGUUAAGCUGGCCUAUUGUUUGAUGUGGUAUAUGAGACAAGUUGGUGGUCUCUCAUUUGGUUGGUGUGGACAGAUGCACAUUAUGGAAAAGAAAAGAUCUGGCACAGCUGAUGUUUUUGAAGUUAGAUCCUGUACAAAUAGUGAAGAUAAGUUGGCAUGAGUACCAAGCUACUUUUUCCCCCACUUCUGAGUCUCAGAAGUCUGGAAAUAUACAUUAUAUAAAAAAAUAUUUUUAAAUUAAAAUCAUAUUCUACUCCUAAUCUGAUAUUUUUAAACAGUUGGUGAACACUUUGCUUAAUAAAUCUUUAAAUAAAGAUGUAGUUGAAUCUCAGUGUGAGCUGAUAUUACAGUUUUGUGGAAUAUGUGGUAGCUGAUCCUUCAUAUGCACAGUGAGCUAUUCUAAAAAUAAAGAAUUUUUAAAAACA